AGUUAUUUCAGAAAGAUGGAACUGUCGACUCAGAUGAAUGUGUUCGAAGAGCUUCUUGUUCCGACAAAGCAAGAAAACACCGACAACAACAGCAACAUCAACAAUCUGAGCUUUAAUGGCGGAUUUGAUCAUCAUCAAUUCUUCCCACAUGGAUGGAAUAUCGAUUACCUCUGUUUCAACAACGAAGAAGAAGACGAAAAUACCCUUUUAUAUUCUUCAUCUUUCAUGGAUCUAAUCUCUCAGCCUCCUCCAUUGCUUCUUCACCAAACACCACCAUUACCACCACCGUCGUCUUCAUCUCCGCCGUUGAUCUCCUCCGCCGCCACAACAUUCAAUUACCCUUUUCUCGAGGCGUUGCAAGAGUUUAUCGACUCUUCUUCCUCUUCACCUCCAUUGAUGCUUCCAACUUCUCACGAAGAGAACUUUAACACUCCAACGUCGUAUCCAUCGCCAUUAAUGGAGUCUGAUCAGAGCAAGAGCUUCAGUGUUGGAUACUGUGGAGGAGGAGACACAACAAACAAGAAGAAGAGCAAAAAGCUCGAAGGACAACCUUCAAAGAAUCUCAUGGCGGAGAGACGACGGAGAAAACGGCUUAAUGAUCGACUCUCUAUGCUCCGAUCCAUCGUUCCCAAAAUCAGUAAGAUGGACAGGACAUCAAUAUUAGGAGAUGCCAUAGAUUACAUGAAGGAGCUUUUAGACAAAAUCAACAAAUUACAAGACGAGGAACAAGAACUUGGAAGUAGCAACAGUUCACAUCAUCCUAAGCUCUUCGGUGAUCUCAAGGAUCUUAAUACAAACGAACCUCUGGUCAGAAACUCUCCAAAGUUUGAAGUGGAUCGGGGAGAUGAAGAUACUCGACUUGAUAUAUGUUGUUCGCCGAAACCGGGAUUGCUUCUAUCGACUGUUAGUACAUUAGAGACUCUAGGCUUGGAGAUUGAACAAUGUGUUAUUAGCUGCUUUAGUGAUUUCUCUUUGCAGGCUUCUUGUUCCGAGGUAGCUGAGCAGAGGGAUUUCAUUACCUCGGAAGAUAUAAAGCAAGCACUAUUCAGAAACGCAGGUUAUGGAGGAAAUUGCUUGUAA